AUGAUUGGAUUACGGCUGACAAGUCGCGUGACAACGCGCACAUUCAUUUCGCUGCGCACGAAACCUCUCCACCUCCCUCCUACAGAUCCUACCUUUGCUAUACCCUCCCACGCGGUCGUCGAUGAAGAAAGAUGUCCGAACUACGCCCCCGAAGACUAUUACACAGCAAGACCUGGCGAGACACUUGGCAACAACUACCAGUUGCUAGCGAAGAUCGGCUGGGGAACGAGUUCGACCGUAUGGCUAGCGCGAGAUAUCAGAAGGCAUGUUUUGUUUCCGCGCCAAUUAUACCGAUGGCAGUUUGAGAAAACAGUUGCUUUGAAGAUUUUGAAUAGUUGUUGUGCUCAAUCUGCGAGUAAUCUUCUUGAUACCGAGCAAACGGUUGCCCAAAAGAAUCCUUCACAUCAGGGUUAUGGGGUUACACGCCACUGUCUGGAAAGCUUUGAGUUCAAAAGCUCGGAUAAGACACACUUUUGUCUUGUGUAUGAGGCAAUGCGGGAGCCAUUGUCAGAGUUUCAGAAACGUUUCGAGAACCGAAGAAUGCCUCUUCCAGUCGCGAAGGCGUGCAUUCACUUGCUUCUUCUCGGGUUGCAGUAUUUACAUGCUGAGUGUAGACUCAUUCAUACUGGCAAGGAAGAUACUCUAGACCUGAAGCUCGCAAAUAUCCUGAUGACCUUCGAGAAUGAGAAAGCUAUUCCUAGGUUCAUUCAAGAACAAGUUCUCAAAUACCCCAUGCACUACAAGUAUAAUCCAGUAACCAACCACACCACCUACCAAACUUACAACAGUUUCGGGCCAAUGGAUGUCGAGGAUGUCGGAAAUGUCCUCCCCAAAAUAAUCGAUUUCGGCUCGGCGUGGCAGUUCGUUGUCGACCCAGACACGAAGUCACAAAAGGAACCAGUUAUUACGUAUCCUAUACAACCGAACUACUACCGCGCACCGGAAGUUGUUCUUGGAUAUGGUUGGGAUUUUAGCGCAGAUAUAUGGAACUUUGGUGUCCUUGUUUGGAACAUCAUCGAAGGCACAGAGCUGUUCACUCAGGUGGAAGAUGCUAACGGUAGAUAUGACCCCAAAUCACAUCUGGCGGAAAUGAUUGCUCUGCUUGGUCCACCACCUAAGGAGGUAAUUGAGCGAGCAGACUACAUGUCCCAGGUAGAAUAUGCUUCGACAAUUACUAUUGAGGUCGGAAAGCCGUGCAAGAAUGCCCGGGAGGAACUAAUACCAAAUCGGAAACUAGAGGAUACUAUCCCAUCUAUUGAUGACUCCGAAAGGGAGCUUUUCUUGUCAUUUGCUAGGGAUAUGCUCACGUGGAUUCCAUCAGAGAGGAAAAAUGCUCGUGAGCUGACGGAGCAUCCGUUCCUCAAUUUCGGCGGACAUGUUUCUAAAGAUGUCUUGGAAGGGCACUCGUAG